CGCUCGGCUCGGGAGAGGAGAGCAGGCGGCCGGACGGGCUCCUCCACCGAAGCCGCUCGCUCCUGCGGCGCGCAAGGACGCCAGGCCCCGGGAAGCGGAGCGCACGCCCCGGCCCGUCCCUUUCCCUUCCCUUCCCUGCCCGGCCUGGAGGCGCGCUCCGAUAGGCGCAGCGAAGGACCCAAUCAAAGCCAGGCCGGAGCCUGAGAGGCCGCCUUUAAGCCGGCCUGCCGGAGGACAAGCGGCCGGGGAGAGGAAAGUUUCCCUUCGGCGGUUCGUGGAAGGCGGGCGCGCAUCCCUUUCCCGACGGCUGGGAUCUUACAGGCGUCGGCUUUCCCGGGGCCGGAGGGCCUCCGCGGCUUCCCGGCUCUCCCGCUCGGGCCAGCUUAGGCGCCCAGGCCGGCUCGAGGGGCGGCGGCGGGGGGACGGGGCUGCCGCGGCCAUGUCGAUGCUGCCGUCGUUCGGCUUCACGCAGGAGCAAGUGGCGUGCGUCUGCGAGGUCCUGCAGCAGGGCGGCAACCUGGAGCGGCUGGGCCGCUUCCUCUGGUCGCUGCCGGCCUGCGACCACUUGCACAAGAACGAGAGCGUGCUGAAGGCCAAGGCGGUGGUGGCCUUCCACCGGGGCAACUUCCGCGAGCUCUACAAGAUCCUGGAGAGCCACCAGUUCUCGGCGCACAACCACCCCAAGCUCCAGCAGCUCUGGCUCAAGGCCCACUACGUGGAGGCCGAGAAGCUGCGCGGGCGGCCGCUGGGCGCCGUCGGCAAGUACCGCGUCCGGCGCAAGUUCCCGCUGCCGCGCACCAUCUGGGACGGCGAGGAGACCAGCUACUGCUUCAAGGAGAAGUCCCGCGGCGUCCUGCGCGAGUGGUACGCCCACAACCCCUACCCGUCGCCCCGCGAGAAGCGGGAGCUGGCCGAAGCCACCGGCCUGACCACCACCCAGGUCAGCAACUGGUUUAAGAACCGCCGGCAGCGCGACCGAGCGGCCGAGGCCAAGGAAAGAGAGAACACGGAGAACAACAAUGCCUCCACGAACAAGCCCAACCAGCUGUCCCCCCUGGAUGGAGCCAAGCCCCUGAUGUCCAGCUCGGAGGAAGAGUUUUCCCCGCCGCAGAGCCCCGACCAGAACUCCAUUCUCCUGCUCCAGGGGAACCUCAGCCACGCCAGGAACUCCGGCUAUUCCUUGACCGGCUUAAGCGCCUCGCAGGCACCCCACGGCCUGCAGGCCCACCAGCACCAGCUGCAGGAUUCGCUCUUGGGACCUCUGACGUCCAGUUUGGUGGACCUGGGCUCAUAAUCCCAGCGACUCAGGCGGGCUUCCCCACCACCACCACCACCACACACGGCACUUGUACAUAAGGGGACAUGGUUUCCACCUGGUGGUUCUUAACAGUGACUCUACAGGUUCUUUUUUUCUUUUUUCUUUUUUGGGUGAAUCGGCCCCACCUCCCACUUUUCCACUCUUCUUUUUUUCCAUCGCGCCUCCCCCUCCCAAAUCCAUGAGGUCUUAGCAAAAACAAAGAUAAGGCAGCCUACAGGUAAAUACACACCUCUCUCUCCCACCCACCAGUGCUCCCUCUAAGCUGUGGAGUCCUGUGGGCAAAAAUUCUA